AGGAUGCUUUGUUUAUGGAGAUCAGCUGUGUUACCAAACACUUGUAUCGCUUUCGCUGCUGCGUCCGCGACGCUUCUAUUUUUGUCGAAUAAAGUGAUCUUCGCACGAUAACUGUUUCGAGCGUAUGCUUUCGAAGAAGUUUCACGAAAAAACAAGUAAGAGUAUCGUAAUCGAAAGAUUCCACGUGUACCUCCGAACAAACUUUGCUUUCCCAUUAACGUGAAGAAAACGAGCAAAAUGAUCCAUCCUUGCGAUCGAUUGGGAAACAUCCUGAUACAACGAUAUCUUUAGAUAAAGAGCGGAACUGUCGAAAUCGUUGCUCGUUAUCAACGCCAAACAAAGAUGCUUGCGGAGCAACCAUCAACCGGUAGUUAAUUAACAUUUAUGACAUGAAAGAAUGAAACGAGAAACCGUUAUUACCUGCGUAGAGUCAAACAGACGAGCUAAAACGAUGACGACCGUACUGGAUGGCAGGUACCAACGUAUGGAGCCGUACAGAGGAGAAGAGGAGGAGGAAGAGGAAGAGGAUGAAGAAGAUGACGAGCACGAGGAAACUCCUCAAGAAUCUGGUGUUAUGAUUCAUGUGGUACCAGAGGGUAACAAGUCUAGAUGGAACCACGUGGAAGAUCUGGAUUCGUUUUUUACAAGAAUGUAUCACUACCAUCAGAAGCAUGGAUUCGCUUGUAUGAUGCUGCAGGAAGCGCUUGAACUAGGACAAUUCAUUUUCGUAGUUACAUUUUCAACCUUUCUCUUUCACUGCAUCGAUUAUUCCGUAUUGUUCAAGAACAAAGUAACCAACAGCACCUCGCACAAAACGUCAAUCAGCGACGCGAUUCUAUCGACGGGCGAAUGUACGGCAUCCGUGGGUCUGGUCACUUGGAUCUGUAUUUUAGUAGCCGGAAUUUUUUGGAUUUUGCGAGCAAUCAAAGUUUUAUACCAUUUCACGCAGUUUUGGGACAUAAAGCUGUUCUUUAACACCGCGCUGAAAAUCGACGACUGUGAUCUGGACAAUCUGACGUGGCACGAGGUACAAAAACGAGUGAGAGAAGUGCAAAAAGAACAAGAAAUGUGCAUUCACAAAAGGGAGCUUACGGAAUUGGACAUAUAUCAUAGAAUAUUACGAUUCAAGAACUACAUGGUGGCUAUGAUGAAUAAAUCCUUGUUACCGGUACGGCUCAAAGUCCCCAUCAUAGGAGAAGUUAUUUUCAUGACCAGAGGAUUAAAGUACAACAUGGAAUUGCUUCUGUUUUGGGGUCCGUGGUCUCCGUUCGAGAACAAUUGGCAUCUCAAAGAAGACUACAAAAAACUAAACAAAAGGCAAGAACUAGCAAGAUCGCUGUCCAAGCAUAUCUUGUGCGUCGGAAUAGCGAAUUUUUUACUCUGUCCCCUGAUUCUUCUGUGGCAGAUACUUUACUCGUUUUUCAAUUACGGAGAGAUCAUCAAACGAGAACCAGGAACUUUGGGCACGAGAACUUGGUCUCUGUACGGUCGGCUCUACCUUCGACAUUUCAACGAGCUCGAUCACGAAUUGAACGCGCGAUUAAAUCGUGCCUAUCAUCCGGCUUCGAAAUACAUGAGUAUUUUUACGUCCCCGAUCAUGACCGUCCUCGCCAAGAACGUCGCUUUCGUCGCUGGAAGCAUAUUGGCGGUUUUAUUGAUAUUGACCGUGUACGACGAAGACGUACUGACCGUAGAACACGUGCUAACCACGAUGACCAUAUUGGGCGCGUUGGUAGCAGGCGCAAGAGCGUUUAUACCCGACGAAAAUUUAGUUUGGUGCCCGGAGGCCCUUUUAACCGCUGUUCUAGCGCAUACGCACUACAGGCCAGAUAGUUGGCGAGGUUACGCUCACACUCAAACCACUAGAGCGCAAGUGGCACAACUUUUUCAAUAUCGAGCUGUUCAUCUUUUAGAAGAACUAAUUUCCCCUCUGCUGACGCCGUUCAUCUUGUGCUUCCACAUGAGACAACGAGCCCUGGACAUAGUCGACUUUUACCGCAAUUUCACCAUCGAGGUGACGGGGGUCGGAGACGUGUGCAGUUUCGCGCAAAUGGAUAUUCGGAAACACGGAAACCCGGUGUGGCAAACGGUCACCGAAAGUCCCGUCGAAGAUCGGACGACCACCACCGGUUACGAGCAUCAACGGUACGGCACGGAAACGGGCAAAUUACCGAUUCCCACGUCGAAUCAGUAUACCCAAGCGGAAAACGGGAAAACCGAACUGUCCCUUAUACACUUUACUUUGACGAAUCCCGAGUGGAAACCACCGACUCACGCCGAGAACUUUGUCACCGCUUUGAGGGAAAGAGCGAGGAAAGAAGUACACGGCUUACACGGCGAGAUCAACCCUCUAUUGACGAGCUUGAACAGCUUGUCUGGCUUGGGACCGGGUUACAACGACAUCGUCUCGAAUAUAAUUCGGAGCACGAUGAUGAACCAAGUGCUAGGAGGGACAAGCACGAGCAACGUGUUCGCGAAUCAACCCGCAGCCUCGACGGCUUCCGCCGGCGUUCACGAAUCGUACAACUUCAGGUCGGACGGUUCGAUGCGCGCGGUUCGACGCGGUUUAAGUAAAGCGGAAGGUCCGAUACACAACGAUAAAGGCUUUCUUUACGGACUGCAACAAGGAAUGUCGAGCCAGUCUCUGGCCGCUUCCAUGUUCGGAUCGUGCCACGAUAUGGCUAUCGAUUUCUCGCUACCGGUGGAAUUGACUGCUGCCGAUAUGUCUCUGUCUACAUUGUACCUGCACGAACUUCAUCACAGACAAGUUCGACGAAGAAGCUAUCAAGAAAUGGCCACAAGAAGCGUAUGGCAACGAAGUCCCGUUCAAGAACUCGCCGCGCUUCCUAAUGUUAGGCAAGAGAGAGCACCGUUGCUGUUACAUCAGGACUCCUCUAUCAGAAGCAACAGGGAAUCCACGUACACCAACAACACGCGUUUAGAUAAUAUUUGAACCAUAUUCGCGAUUUUUAACAGAAUAAAAUGUUUUUAUCAUCCGCUUUACGAUUGCGACGUCCUCGUGAUUUAUUUUCCGUGGUAGCUUGAACGUUUAAGAAUCCGUGUUGCGUCGACGUAAAUACGGUAUCGUGAUAUCGCUUCGAUAGACUUAUCCGUUUUGAAAGUCAACGACUUCGAACGCCUACUAAAAAUAACGCUCGAGGCCUAUGCACCGCUACGUACCGCGCGUCGAAAGAUUAUCAACAAAACUUCGGCUAACGUGGUACGCGGUUAUUUCGAGACGUUACCGCGUUAUCUUUGCAAAGGAUAAACCGUCUAUCGAACCGAUCGAAAAUCGACUCCUUCCAUCAGCCUGUUUUUAUCAAAGAAAUCUGUACUUUCUUAUUGUUUCCUUCGACGCUUACUGUUUGUACGCUGAUCGAGAAUAAAAGAGGAGAACAAUCGUACGAAUGCGAAAAGUAAAGGAGUACUCUUGCGUUGAGUUAUAUAAAAUAAGAAUCUCUUUGUACGUGGUAACGUUGUCUCUAUUUUGUAGUUCUCGAUGCCACGAUUCUCUCUAGUCACACGAAACGAAUGGCGCGCCAUAGCAUAAAGAGUUAUAUUUAUUUGUUAAAUGUACGUUAUUCGAUAAACAUGGUGGGGUUGAAC